AUGCUGGUUAUCGACGAGAUGAUGACUGGCAGUGGCGUGAUGGAUGGCACGAUGGUUAUCCAUCAAGUGGCUAUGCAACAGUGGACCAGCAGCAAUGGUCCGAUCCUUGGCAUCAAGAUGAUGGUGAGUGGCAGUGGAGUGGAUCUACUUCCUGGCAGGAUCGCCAGGAUUGGCGACAAGAUGGAGAGUGGACGCAGCGAGCAUGGAGUGGGAGUGACUGGAACUCUGGUAGUGGAUGGUCUCACUAUGGCCAGUGGGAUGAGUGCCGAGAACAGCACUCAUGGGGCGACUGUGAGACUGGAACGCCAGAUGCCGGAAGUGAUUCCAUCCUGGGAUGGGACGACACCCAUCCGGGACUACAAGAAAAGGAUUGACCUCUUCUUGUCCACCACGGCCAUCGACCCAGAGUACCGUGCAGGACGACUGGUCGAGCAGCUCUCCGGAGUUGCUUGGCGCGCAGUGGACACCAUGGAUGUCACUUUACUUCGUCACCCAGAAGGAGUACAACACCUACUGGCACAUUUGCGGUCUGAGCUUGAGCCAGUUGAGUUUCUCCAAACUUUUGGCGUGCUGACCAACUUCUACAAGAAGUUCAAACGUCAGAAGGGAGAAAGUUUCAUAGAGUUCGACAAUCGCUACAGAGUCCAGCUUCAAAAGCUCAAGGAGGUGGAUGCUGAGCUCAAUGAUCUGAGCAAAGCCUACUGGUUUCUGGAGACAGCCAGUAUAUCCGAAGAACUUCGGAAACAAUGUAUCUCUGCGAGUGGUGGCGUGCUGCAGUAUGAGAAGCUGAGGACGGCCCUGAUCUCCAUCGUGCCGAGUGUUCGGCGUGAUGAAGAUGGAGACUUUGCUAGAUCCACGAAAGAUGUCAAUGACAAGAAGCCUUUCACACCUCGUGGAAAGGCUCAUGGAGUGAAUGUCGUUGCCAAGUCCGAUGAUGACUUCCAGGAGAUCGAGAAUGAGCCCAAUGAUGAUGAAGAUGAUGCAACUCCGCCAGAUCUAGAAGAACUGGAACGACAAGCAGAAGUGCUUGUCACACAGGCUUCAAAGCGCAGAGCUGAGGUUGAAAAGCGGCGAGGCUUUUCUUGCCAAGGACCACGUGAAAGUAGUGUUGAACGAGAACAGCGAAUCAAGAAGAUGAAAGCCUCUAUGGCUUGUUCGGCUUGUCGUGCCCAUGGGAAGACUGUUUUUGGUCAUUGGCAUAAUGACGAUGCAUGUCCCUACAAGGUCAAGAGCGUGAACAUGACUGAGGAUGAGCAGGAUGAUGGAGCUGGCGUCUUUUGUGCUUUCACUGACGAUGAGAACGACUCCAUCGACUCCUACAUCCCGGAAGUUCAUGCCGUGCUCUUGACCACGGGCCCCAAGCAGUAUGACAAGACAGACAUUGCGGUGAGUGAUACAGGUUGCUCACGUACAGUCGCUGGGAGUGCGUGGAUGCGACGUGCUCUUCGACGAUUGUGGAAGCAGCAGAUCCCUUUUUACUGCACACGGGAGAGUCAAGCCUUCCGGUUCGGUCCAGGACCGAAGGUGCUCUCAGAGGAAGCCGUUUGGAUACCAACAUGUUUGCAAGUUGAAGGGGCCACGCUCUUUCUCCGAGUCAGUGUGGUUCCCGAGAAUGUGCCUCUCCUUGUCAGUCACAAGGCCUUGACUCAGAUGGGGGCCGUGCUUGACUUGCCCAACAACCAGAUCGAGAUGAAGGUCUUGCAGAAGACUGUGCCUAUGAUUCAGAAUGCUGCAGGACAUGUGGGUUUCUGCAUAUGGGAUGAAUCUAUGUCGACGUUUUCUGUGGGCCGCCAAUGGGAAGCGUUGCUGGAGACUGAUGAUGAGGUGUUCCCAGUGUGCAAUCUUUGGAAGAUCCACAUGGCGACCUUCACGACGCCGAAGCUCAAGGCAGAGUUUGUGGAAGUCAUCGCGGCUGCCACUGGACUGCCCAAGGAGAAGCUGAUGGAGCACAGCACGGAGCGGCUGAAGGAGGCAUGGGCUGUGAUGAAGCCAGUGAAGGCCCGAGUGCUUCCACCAAACUGGCGCAAGUUCGACCUCCAAGCCCUGAAAGAGCUCUACGUCGAAGUGGUCGUUCCAUAUUAUCGUCGAGAAGAAGACAAUCACUGGCUGCGCAUGAAGCGCAACCAGUUGAUCAUGGAGUUGGAGCUUUUCCUGAUCGACCGGAGCCAAGACCUCAAGGAGCAGGGGGAGGAUCGAGCCGUAAGUGGUAUGCCGGCUUGUCCAAGCUGUGGGGUGGCAAUGAUCGUGCGCAACAACCGCAUCACCAAGGAGCCGUUCCUCGGGUGUCGCCUGUUUCCGACAUGCAGGUCCACUCUGCCCAUGUCGGCUCUGGAUCCGGUUGCCGAGCACAUCCCAGUGCCAUCGACUCCAAAGAGCAAGACCAAGAAACGGGGUGGCGAUCCAAACUCAGAUGGAUCCUGGGUCAGAAUGGAUCAAGAGAAGUUGAACGACAAGACGAUCAAUGCCAACAUCACGGAGGAGGAGUUGGAGAUCAUCCCUUCCGUUUUCACUGCGGCAAGCAUUGGCAUGGCUUUUGCACGAAGCACCGACACGGCCCCACCUCGACCGGUUGGUAAUCGGAUUCGUAAAGGACACCCCAAAGAUAAACUUAGAUGGACUGAGAAGACCUUGAAGAAGGCUAUAGAUCAGUGGUCCGCGGUGUAUGUUGCAGACAACGCUGAAAUCCCUGAGGACCCAUCUGCAGGAGCACAGUCGAGCAGUGCUUCAGGAUCUCUAGGAGUUUCAGCACGAAGAGCAACCAGUGGGCAAUCAGUGCUUAGCGAUUCGGGCAUCGUCUUCGACGUGCCCCCUGGACGCAAGCUGAGCCAGCCUGUGCAACAGGCUCUGCGCAAAAUUCAUUGCAAUCUUGGCCAUCCAAGUCCCGCUGACUUGGAGCGAUUUUUGAAGUUGGGUGGCGUCCAGGGAGAAACCCUAGCCACCUAUGAAGAUCUCACUAAUCAGGAAAGCCCAAAAGAGGAUGCUUGGGAUGUGGUUUUGGGAAGUUUGGGUGAUGAUCUGAUGGAUGAAGGUAAUGAUGUCCCAUGGGCCACUUUGUCAGAACCAUGUGGUCCCCUUGUGGGCGGGCCAGUGCAAACUUUGGUAAGUAUCUUUGCUGGACGUUCCCGCAAACAGAUCUGCAGUGAUUCUGUUCCUUGGCAGAUUAAGAAGAAAGUGAAAUUAGAUGGUGAUGAAUCUCGAGUGAUGCAGGUAGGAGUUUCUCAGAGUAGCAACAAGUUGAAGAAGAUGUUGGACAAGGAAAUUCCUUAUGAUAAAAUUGAUCCGAAAGACAUGCCUGAGUAUCAAGCUGCCAUCCAGAAGGAAUGGGAUAGUUGGCUUCAGUAUGACUCGUGUCAAGUGUUGUCCCAUGCUGAGAGUGAACGGGUUGAGAGGGAAUUCCCCGAUCGGAUUCUUCCCUCACGACUGGUCAUGAGAAACAAGCAUGCUGGACUCGUCUCUGAAACUGGACAGCCACUGCCCCUCAAGGCGAAGGGUCUACCGGGACUAAAACCUGGACAACUCAUCAAACUCAUCAAGAGUGUCUAUGGGCGCCCAGACGCUCCAAGAUCCUGGUUUAACGAGCUUUCCCGAAUCUUGCAGGAAGAGUUGAAUUUUCAGAAGAGCGAGGUAGACCCCGCCUUGUACUAUCUCAGGGUUUUGACCGCUGAAGCCCGACUGGGGUCCAAGGUCAUGUACUACCUGGACGAAGAAGUCGAUUCGUUUGCAGCAUUUCGGCCUGUGGUUCUUAGUGGAAAAAGGCAGCUGCGCCUUUUGCCGGGCAGCUUAGUGGACAGUGCGGCUGCGAGACCCUUCUGGCGACGCUGGCUGGACCGAUUGAGGCGGAUCCCCAAAUCCGCCUGCGAGUACAUCGUGCCGGCGCCCAUCGUUGGGGACACCUGGGGAUCCAACUGCUAUAGCCGCAUCGUAUCCUUCAGCCCAAGUUUGGAGUAUUUCCGUAAUGAAAUUCUGUUCAAGGCUGCCCAAGAUGCUGUGAAGACUCUUCAGCAGUUGGACGACAGAAACAAGCUACGACUCUAUGCUCACUACAAGCAAGCGACUGUAGGUCCUGCACAGGGCUCAAGACCAAGUGUUUUCCAGCAGGUUGCAAGGGCAAAGUGGGAUGCAUGGUCAGAGUUGCAAAGCAUGAGCAGCACAGACGCGAUGCUUGGCUAUUGCAGCCUGGUAGAUGAGUUCGUUCCCGGUUGGCGCGAGAAUGUCCAAGAGGGACACAUUUCGCAGAACCAGCCGGUCACAACUGGAGCUGAACCUGCAAGUGAUGAAAUUCUGUUUAAGGCUGCCCAAGAUGCUGUGAAGACUCUUCAGCAGUUGGACGACAGAAACAAGCUACGACUGUAUGCUCACUACAAGCAAGCGACUGUAGGUCCUGCACAGGGCUCAAGACCAAGUGUUUUCCAGCAGGUUGCAAGGGCAAAGUGGGAUGCAUGGUCAGAGUUGCAAAGCAUGAGCAGCACAGACGCGAUGCUUGGCUAUUGCAGCUUGGUAGAUGAGUUCGUUCCCGGUUGGCGCGAGAAUGUCCAAGAGGGACACAUUUCGCAGAACCAGCCGGUCACAACUGAAGCUGAACCUGCAAGUGAUGAAAUUCUGUUUAAGGCUGCCCAAGAUGCUGUGAAGACUCUUCAGCAGUUGGACGACAGAAACAAGCUACGACUCUAUGCUCACUACAAGCAAGCGACUGUAGGUCCUGCACAGGGCUCAAGACCAAGUGUUUUCCAGCAGGUUGCAAGGGCAAAGUGGGAUGCAUGGUCAGAGUUGCAAAGCAUGAGCAGCACAGACGCGAUGCUUGGCUAUUGCAGCUUGGUAGAUGAGUUCGUUCCCGGUUGGCGCGAACAUGUUCAGCGAUCAUCAGAGGACUAUUCGGAGCCUUCGUGCCAAGCCUGCACAGAGAGUUCGUUGUAUCGCUGGGGCUUCGCAGACACUCGCUUCGAACUGGUUUCCGCAGGUGGAGUUGCAAGUCAUGUGCGGAUUACCUCUGAUCGCUAUCCAGCCAUCAGUCGAAGGAUCAAGGGCCUUUGGGAGUUCUUCCAGAAAAAGCCACGAGUCCAAAGCGCCAGGGGCGACAGCUCUCUCCCUGAGUUGCCAGAGCCCAGUGCAGAGUUGUUGGCCUCCCUGCCGUCCGCCGUCGCCGCCUCGCUGAGCCGCUGCCGCGCGGGGACGUCGCUCGGCCGCCUCCGGGACCCCUGGCAGCUGCGUUGCGGCGCCAAAGUCGUGCGGCGGAUGCCGGAGCUGGUGAUGCAGCCCAGAAAUGAAGAGGAGGUGAUCUCAAUUUUACAGAAGGCCACCGGAGACGGCGCGAACGAUUUCAUGGUCAUUCCUGUGGGCGGUCGGACAGGCGUUUCAGCUGGCUGCCCCGAGACGAGCGAAGAUGAUCGGAGGCCCAUAGUGGCCCUGGACAUGCGAAGGAUGGACAAAGUCCUGUGGAUACGGCAUGAAGACCGCCUGGCGUGCGUCGAAGCUGGGAUCACCGGCAGUGCCCUGGAAGCUGUCUUGGCCAGAGAGGGCUACACCCUGGGCAUGGACGCUGGCGAGUCCAUGGACUUCUCGACCUUAGGCGGUUGCAUCGCCUCGAAAGUUUUCAACGGAAAGCAGGCGCGCUAUGGUGCACUGGAGGAGAUGCUGGUUGAGGUCCGAGUGGCCACGUCUUCGGGACUUGUGUGGCAGAAUGGGAUGAAAGACAGGUCGUGUGGUUCCGUGGGUCGUCGCUCCAAUGGGCUUGAACUGCCAGGUCUCCUUCUGGGGAGCGCAGGAUGCUUAGGUGUGAUCACUGCAGCUGUGGUGCGCAUCCAUCCUCUACCCGAGCGGCUGGAGCGUGACAGCUUGCGUUUCCCAAAUUGGGACCAAGGGGUCUCCUUCCUUCGCCAAGUGGGCCAACUGCCAAGGGCCUUGAAACCGGCUGCCUGCCGUUUGCUGGACAGCACUGAGUUGACGUUGGCCCAGAUUUUGAGGGAGGAGUUGAUUGUGGACGGCGGAGAUGCGUUUGGGCAGCCGAGCAGCGCGGCCGCGUUGGUCGUCUUGGAAGGCUCCGCUGAAGAAGUGGCAGCCCAACGACACGAGCUGACAAGCUUGGCAAAGGUGUGCCGGGGAGUGUGGACGGGGGCGGACGUCGGAGAAGUGUUCCAUCAGAUGAACUUCGUGGUGCCAUAUCUCCGCGACUUGGGUAUGGACCACGACUUGCUGCUGGACUCCCUGCAGUUGACUCUGCCCUGGAGCCGGCUGCAGCCCAACUUGUGGCCCUGCAUCUUGCAGGUGGCCUCUGCAGAGCAUCGACGCUUGCGUUUGCCGGGCGCGCUGAAGCUUUGGAAGAGUUUCCCCAGGUUUCCCAACCUGUUUGGAGGUCUGAGUCCUUCGAGAGACGGAGCGCUGCUGCGCGUCCAUGUGACCUGCUCCGUGGAAGGUUUGGACCCAGCCGUGGCCCUGAACUCCUUCGAGUCGCUCCUGCGAGCUGCAGAAAAGGCCGUGCAGCCGGUGCCGGAGCGACCGAGGAGCGAUGGAGGACAGAAGAAACUGGGAUCUGUGCUUGAAAAUCUGAUGGUCCAAUGGUGCAGCGGUAGGCAAUGUGUCACGGGCCUAGGGGAAGUGAAUCCUGUUGUUGCACCGCCGCAGUGCGCCCGAAAUGAUGGGCCCUUCCAUGACGUCCACCCCACGCUGGCCGUGGACUUGGUUGGCCGUUCCCCAAAGGCCUGGCUGAAGACCAGCGCCACUCCGCCCAAGUGCCAUGACCGCAAGGUAGUGGACUCCAACAGCGACAAGUUUCUGCAGUGCCCCAAAGAAUGCCCCAUUUACGCCGACGAUCGCGCUGAUGGCGUCGACUGCAAUUUCGAGUGUGUGGAGGCCACUCCUAAGAGCUGCUCGGCGGUGAACCCCAAAGAGCCCGUGCCGGACGUGGACCGUGGCAUCUGCCGCGCCUGCAUCAUCUACGGCUGCAAGACAUGCACCACCGAAGGUCAGGACACCUGCGCGGUGUGUUCCUCGGGCUACCGUGUGACGGCAGAUGGGAAGUGCGAGAACGCCAACAUGUUGUACUGGUACGCCCUCUUCGCGGUCCUGGGCCUGGUGGCUGUCUUCAUCGUGGCCUGGAUUGUGGACAUCGCCGUGCGGCCCGUGGUGAACUCCGAGGGACUCAAGGGGGCGCUGAACGCGCGCUCGCGCUCGAAGGUGCGAAUGCCAAAAGCCUCUGGCUCAUCAGAGGGUCGGGAGCUGUAUCCUUUGGAUACCAACCUUCUGAAGACGCCUGUGGCAGGCAUUGGUGUGCAACUUCACUUCAACUUCCAGUUCUUCCUCAUUGUUUGGGCCCUGGCCAUUGGCCUCGCCUGGUUGCUGCUAGCAUUGUCCGUGGACGAUGCCCUGCUCAUCCUGGGAACCCGCAGGGCGAAGACGGCCCGACAGAACUGCAUUUUGGUGGCCUGGGGCUUCGAGACCCAGCAGCGCCUGAUGUGGACCAAGAUCGACUUCGUGGUGGUGGCCUACAUUUUGACCUUCCUCGGCUGCAUUGCCUUUGGCAUCCGCCAGUUGCGCAUCUUUCAGAAGGUCGACAUGCAGAACUCCACCCACAAGGACUACGCUGCCCGCAUCCGCAACCUGCCCAUGAUGGACGGAACCGAGCCGGUGGAGGAGGAAUUGAAGAAACGCCUAGAGGAAGCGACCGGUCAGAAGGUCGUGGGCGUGUCGGUCUGCUGGGACUUCCAGGACUAUGAGGAUGAACUCUUGGAGUUGAUCGAGAGCAAAUUGGUGGAGAAGGACGAGAAGCUUAAUCCUAUGCCGCUGACCACUGAAGAUCAACCUGAACCCGAAAGCUUCUUCGCACGCAUGGAACGUUCCAUGCUCGCAGCUGAUGCCGAGCGAGUGGUGGCCAAGGGCGAAAUGAGUGAGGAGGAGAAGGAAACGGCACGGCGGGAAGCACAGGCGCAGGCGGCGAACCCUGAUGAGGAGAUCGUGGAGGAGUGCAAAGAGGUGGACGUGGUGGGCAUCCUGAAGUCUCUGAAAACCUGCCCCGACGCCUACGCCAUCUUCGAGACCGAGGCCGCACGGGACGCAGCGGUGGAGUCGGCGGGAGCCGGCGGCGUCGAGUUCAACGGCAACACGCUGAAACUCAACGCCUCACGUGUGGAGCCUCAGACGGUGAAUUGGAAGAACUGCGCCAACACGGACAUCACGGUGAAGGCGAAGCGUGUGGUCAUGGGUUUCUUCAUCAUGUUGGCAGGCCUUGCGUUGUGGGUCAUUGCUUUCUACCUGCCAUAUGCUUGGUUCACCUUGACCUUCAACUAUUCCUAUGGUCAGGAGCCAGGCUUCGUGGCGGGCAUGACCUUCUCGAUGGUCGUCGUCGCCGGCAACGCCUUGAUGUACCUGGUCUGUUCAGAGGUGGCGGAUCGCACCAGGUUCAUCUACGUGGACGACCGCGAGGUGUGCUACAUGCUGCUCUACUGCUUCGCCUGUGUCUUCAACGUGGCCCUGGAUCUGAUCACGACCUACAUGGUGGCCUAUCGCAUCAACGUGGGCUUGCGCAUGAAGACCUACGAUGGCACCUUGCUUGAGAAUCUGCAGCAGUUCAGUGAUACCUUCGAAUCCUACGCCAUGCAGCGUACCUUGGCCAACAAUUUGUAUGCCUACGCCUUCCCGGCCACUUUUUUGAUUCCCUUCUUGAUCGAACCCGUGGCCACCAUCUAUGCUCCCUACAAGAUGAUGAUGGCCAUCGUCCGAACGCAGCCCAGCAUGAAGGGCUUCAUGGCGGAGAGGCUGCUGGGAUCCCUGGUCUUCGAUCUGUCGCGCUAUGCAGAUCUGAUGCUGGACGUGAUGAUUGCGGUGCUGAUCUUCUUCUUCCCAGGUGGCUACAACAUCCAGAUGUUCGUGGGACUGGCUGGAUCCCACGUCUACAUCUACUUCUUCGACCACUACCGCGUCUUGCGAUCCAUCCAGAGCUGCAACUACGCGGACAAGAUGGUGGAUUGGUGGACUCAAUGGCUGAUGUGCAUCCCCUGCGGUUUCAUGUUGGCCUGCGUUGUCUUCAAGGCCAACUGCCAGCCGGGCUACUUCUGCGUGGACGGCAACACCACGGUGGCGGGAUGUGCCGUGGCCUUCUUUGCGCACAUCAUUCUGCACACCCUGGCGCUGAAGUUCGUGGUGCCAAUCUUCGGAUUGCAAGAUGAGUUUGUCAUGGUUCGGAAGCGUUCGAGGCGAAUCACCAACACCUACCAAGACUGCUCCAAACGCAUUGCCUGCAGCUGGUUCUCAGCCAAUCCGGUCUACUGCCUGCGCUCGCAGUACAUCUACAAGCACAGCCCUCCUUGCCUCUUCUGCAUCCCCGGCAAGGAGCAUUUGAUUGAGGUGAAUGAGGACAUUGGGCUGUACUUCAACGACUGUGCCGCGAAGGAUGGGCGGGAAGUGAGUGGGAUUUUUGUACGUAUAUCUCUCUAA